GAAAGACGUUUGGAUAGCUUUUUCAGUGGAUACUUCCAGAGAGAUGAUCGUGCUCUCGCUGAAAUAUGCAAUAAUGGCGAGGUUUGCGCGACUUACAUGGAUAUAAAUGGACAAUCAAGAUCAUUUGCGGGAUCGUGUAGGCAACGAUGUAAUCCUGAUGAAGAUCAUUCUGAAUUUCAAAUUAAUGGAAAUAGUACCUACGAUUUAAAGUGUAAUGUCGUGAAAGGCUGUAACUGCAAAUGUUGUGCUAGUGAGACGACUAAGAAUACUCUUGAACAGAUUAAAUACCCGUGCGUCUCUGACAAGAACACGGAUGAUUGUUUUUGUAAGUAUGGUGGUACAUGUAAAGAAACUUGUUUGGAUACUGAAAAAUGGCAAGACAAACCAGAACUAUGCUCUGUCAAUUGCAAGUGUUGUGUACCAGUGACACCACCACCACAUCCACUGCUUCCGGGCGAUAAAGGAGAUCCUCAUUACACAACUUUCGACUUGUUUAGUUAUACUCAUACUGGUCAGAACUGCACAUACAUACUAUUUAAAGAAUGCGUACAGUAUCCGUCGUUCAUAGUAGCUACAAAAUAUUCGAGCUUUGUCGAGAAAAAAGGCAAGAUUCAUAGUCAGGUUUCAGAUGUACUGAUUAAGAGCAAGACCCACUUGAUCCAGCUAGCACAACGACAUGACGUUUACGUCAACGGCAAACAUGUUUCGAAUUCACUUCCCUGGACAGACGGAGACCAAAUCAACAUUAAGCAAAAGGAUAGCAGACACAUAAAAGUUGAGGUCGCUAAUAAAUUCAGUUUAUCUUGGAAUGGAUUUGGUAACCUGGUUACAGAGAUUGAUCCUUCAUUAUAUGGCAAAGUAUGCGGAUUAUUGGGUGACGCUGAUGGCAACCCUGACAAUGACCUGCAACUGCAAAUGCCCGAUGGGACUUUGCGACUGAUUGAUGAUGGUGAAAAAAGUGGAGAUAGUUGGAUGAUACCAGGAAGUUGCAAUGAGAAUGUCACGGCCGAAGAAAUCCAAUUCAUGCAGAAGUAAUAUACGUCUUGCUUGAAACCGACAAAUUUAAGUAGCGAGUAUUCUGUGAAGCAAUUGAAUGAGGAAAUAUCGAAAGUACAUUUUAUGGUGGAGGUUAUACUGGUAAUACAAAACAUCUAUGGUGUAGGUUAACUAAAACAGAUUUACAAUUAAUUAUUCAUGUCGAAAAUAAUUAUAUUGUUCAAUAAAUAUUGGUGAUAUGCAUCAGAAAGA